AUGGCGGCGGUACCGGCUGGGCUCUUCGCGGUGUACAAGCCGGCGGGGGUGGCGUGGGUCCGCGUCCGUGAGGCGGUGGAGACGCGGCUGCUGCGCGAGCUGAACGCGGCACCGGGCCGUGCCCCACGGCAGCACGUCCGCUUCCUGCCGGCUCCGGCCCACGAUGACGGCGAGACUACGAGGCUGGUAGCGGUGAGAGUGCCGGUGCUGGCCGAUCAUCCCCUCGUCCGAGGCCAGCAGUUCAGGCGGCUGAAGAUCGGCGCGGGUCACCGGCUGGACGUGAAGGCCUCGGGAGUCUUCGUACUUGGCAUAGGCCAUGGGAACAAGCUCCUCACUGACCUGCACAACUGCCACCUGACCAAGGUUUACACUGUUGGUGGGCUGUUUGGUAAAGCUACUGAUGACUUCUCAGACACAGGGAAGCUAGUAGAGAAGACAACGUUUGAUCAUAUCACAAGGGAAAAGCUGGAACGGAUUCUUGCUGUCAUUCAAGGAACAAAUCAUAAGGCCCUGCUGAUGCAUUCCGGCAUUGAUAUGAAAACACAAGAGGCAUAUGAGCUGGCUGUCAGAGGGCUGAUUCGCCCCAUGGGAAGAAGCCCUCCAAUAAUCACAGCGAUCCGCUGCCUGCAGCUUGCGCUUCCAGAGUUCCAGCUAGAAAUUCAUUGCUUGCAUGAGACUCAACAGUACCUCCGAAAAGUAGUUCAUGAGAUUGGUCUGGAGCUGAAAUCAUCUGCUGUGUGCACACAAGUGAGAAGAAUACGUGAUGGUGUUUUCACACUGGAUGAUGCUCUGCUGAGAACCCACUGGAAUCUGCAAAAUAUACAGAAUGCAAUUUUGGACUGUCAACUUAAAGUGAAAACAGAGUUAGAGAGAACACUGGGCCUUCAGGCUGAUAGGCAUCUUCACGAGGUAGAUGUGGAGAAGGCCCAGGCUGCAGAGAGCUGAGCUUGCGCUGUGAAGGAGCCUCCAUAGGCAGUUUGCAGGACACCAGCACGGCAGCAUGGUGGGCAGCACGAGGAAGGUCAGUCGUAGUCACUGCCACUGUUUGAGAUUACUUUAAUCAGAGGCAUUUUUUUUCCAGUGGCAGGCUGUAUAUUUUUCUUUUUUAAGCAUGGCAAACAGUUCAUUAACAAGAGUUAGCUGUACCAAAAUUCCUGUUGACUUCAGGAACAUUAGGUUGCUAGGGGUACAAAAACCCAUCCCCAAAUUGUUCAGCAGCGGGAACCAGAUGGUGUCUUAGAGAGCUGUAUUCGCUUGAUCAUACUGAUUUGUUUGUUCCUGGCAGCAUAACUUAGCUACUAUAUGGAUUUUAUUUUCCCUCUGUUAUACUAGAGUAUUUGAUUGCCAUGGGCCCUGCCUUAAGUUACGUAAGAGCUCAAAAUCAGAGGGAUGUGCUAGAGAAAACAGCCUCUACAAAGCAAUGCAAGGGAGUCGUUGCAUCUAGAGUAGGCAUCUGUGACAAGGAAAGUGGCUUGCAAUAGGGAUUGAUGUAGAAGAUACAUAAGAAGUAAAACUGAAGGUAACCUAGAGGGAAAGAGGCUGGCUCUUGGCUCAGUACUUGUUCAUGAGAGCACUGACUCAUUAAAAAAGGCACACAGCCGUUUUCCUGUCCCCAGAGGACCCAAGGAUGUUCAGGGGUCUUUGGUGUCCUGCUCUGCAGCACCUCCACAGGAACAGCAUGCACUGCCCUCCAGUGAAGCUCUGUAAGCUCUAAUACCAUUUUUUCUGUAAGCUCAUUAGAGCUGAGUCUGCCAUGACAGAAAUACACUUUC